UUCACCUGGACCAAUAAGCUUUUCCCCAAAGUGAUAUUUGCGCAAGAAUUAUGCAUAUGUAUGCAAGUCUUUUAACUAUAUAUAUACACUCGAGAGCCACACCAAGGCAAGCAUUCAGAGACAUCCAUCUAAAAUUGCUCAUGGGGAGUUUGAUGAUGAAGAAGCUGUUAUUCUUUAUCUUAAUUGUUGCUGGAUCAAUCUCAUCAUGUACUCUUGGAGUUGAAGUUGAAAGAUUCGCUUGGGGAAAGGGAAGGAAAGAGAAAACUGCUUGUCAACUUAUUACAAAAGCACAUCCUAAGAGGAGUAGCUACUUCGCUUGUGAAGAUGUCAAGAGAAACCAUAUGAAUAUGUUGGUAAAGUACUCCAAAUAUGAAAAUCUGCUACCUGGUUCCGAGCAAGCUGUUGAUGCCAAUUUAAGAUAUAAUCGAAUGCCAAGACUCGCCAAACUACACACAUCUCAAAAAGUUUUUGAACCUGAUCCUCAUAUUGAUCCGGCUCCUAGUGUCAGUCCUUCUGGUAGCCAUGGUUGAAUAUGCAGUGGGGAGGAAGGAACCGUGUAAGAGGGCGUUUGGCUUAGCUACGUUGUUAUAAGUUAAUUUGAACCUAAAAGUAUUUAAAAUUCUAGACAGUACAUAUUUAGUUAAAAUAUAUAUAAGUGGCUGAUAAACAAUUAUGCAUCAAUAAAAAAAUAUACAGCUUAUAAUUGCUAAUAAGUACAAUGUGAAAUUUAACAUUUUGCUGAUUAAUUUUUGAACAACGGUUUUCGGGAUAAUAGUUAUUGUUCAGUUAAAAGA